AUGGAGAAAGGAGCCCCGGAGGCAUCGCCGCCCUGCGCUCGCUGCGGCAAGCCCGCUCAGCUCCAAUGCCCCAAGUGUGCUGAACUUAAGCUACCUCGUGAGAACGCAGCUUUCUGCACACUGGAUUGUUUUAGGGUAGCAUGGAGCUCUCACAAAUCUGUUCACCCAAAGCCUGGUGCACUGGCAUCCCAGCAGUCUCCAGAAGGAUGGAAAUAUUAUGUGAGAAAAGGGCGGGGACGUGCAUUGGAACUUCCUCGUUUUGAUUGGACAGGUCCAUUGAGACCAUAUCCAAUAUCAAAGAUGCGUGUGGUGCCAGAUGAAAUUGAGAAGCCUGAUUGGGCGCUUGAUGGAAUUCCCAAGAUAGAACCAGAUAGUGAUUUGCAGAAAAGAGUAGAGAUUAAGACCCCUGAACUCAUAGAAAGGAUGAGAGAAAUAUGUCGAAUUGCAAGAGAGGUUUUAGAUCCAGCUGCUCGUGUAAUUAAACCAGGAAUUACAACAGAUGAAAUUGAUAGAGUUGUCCAUGAAGAGACAAUUGCUAGAGGUGGAUACCCAUCUCCAUUGAAUUACCAUUUCUUCCCCAGGUCAUGUUGCACGUCUGUCAACGAAGUCAUUUGCCAUGGAAUUCCAGAUGCCAGGGUGGACGACGUGCAGGAGCUACGGGCGAGCGGUCUCCUGCAGGGAGGAGGAGGGCUCACCGACGAGCAGGCGUUCCGCUUCUUGACCAGUUUCCAGGGUCUGCCUUUCGGAAAAUGCUACAACCGUGUCAUGGAACAGAUCGAGAUUUACAAGGAGAACAAGCCGAUGGGGACCAAGUUGUACGCGUUUCUUUACAAUAACAAGAAAACCAUCGCGGCGGUUUUCGGCGUCUUUGUUGCACUUUUCGGUAUCAUAGGGACACUCGUGUCGGUCAAGAAAGCCAUUUGA